GUUUUCUUUAUCGAUAUCAUCCUACAUUAGUAGAAUUGGAGUUUCUUACAUUACUACACUGUCAAACAAAAAACCAUUCGUGAACGACGCGCGACGCGUUGGGCAUGCUCUUUUCGAAAUUUAUUCAUAAUUAUGGAGCUUUCCACUGUUAUUUCACAGAUAGAAACAUGUCUUAGUCAACAUCUUCGUCUUUCAACCGAGAAAGUCAACUAUCAUUCUCUUAUGGAAAAUUGGUCUGAAAUGAUUCAUCAAUUAAAGAGUCUUCAGAAUCUGAUUUCAGAACAUUCCCUAAGCAAUGAGUUGAGCUCUCAGAUAGAAAGUUUAAUUAAGGAAGAUCAUGCUUUGGAGGAAGAAAUAGAAAGCAGUAUGAAGGAAUUGACUUCCAUCUAUGAUACCACCCUUCCUCAAAAUAACAACCAAAAAGUUAAAAGGACAGUAGACGCUAAUACCCUUCUUGAAUAUGGUCGACGACUAUCCAAAUUUUCUUCGGCACCUCCUGGUUACAACCCAGAAACAGGUCAGGAUGCUAAAGCUCCUGUCCAUUAUCCUUGGCCAUCCGAAGAUCAAAUGCGAAAGACCAGUCUUUUCCAAUAUUCCACAAAUCUAAUAGCUCACCCCUCUGCGAAUGCUUCUCAAAUUUUCAACGAGGUAGAGGAAGCGUCUGCUCAAAAUCAUGAAGAUGUUACCGCUACUGGUUCUCCCAGCAAGAAAGCCAAAAAUGCUGUCGACUAUCCAAUGUCUCCUACGUUUACGAAUGCCACUGGACCAACCGAAAAUCAAGGGGCGGAAUCCAUGCCUUCCAGUAAAGACAUUUUUGCAGACUUUGACUUGUUUGAUCCAGAAAUGGAAGAAGACACUUAGAAGCGUUUUCACUAAAAUUAUGUAAAUAUAAGGCUGCUAUGACUUUGAUGAUAACAAUAUGUGAGAUCCAAAGCACAGUAAUAAUUCAGAAAGCAAUGCAAAUUUAAAGAUUUGGAUUCGAAAGAAUGAAACGCCAGUCUACUCGACAAUUUCCUACAAUUAUUAUAUGCAUCAUACAGUAAAAAUGAGAAACUUUUUUAUUUUUUUUGGAAAAACUCCUCUUCGUUUCUAUCUUUGCCGACAAUCGGCAUAACACUUUCUAUUGGAGCAAAUCCGAAGGCUGCGUCUUUCUUCAAAACAAGCGUAGCCGAUGAAUGAAUCAUAUAACCUUUGAUGUAUCCUUGAUCAAUUAAAGAUAUACAUAUACAUUCCACAUCAUCAAUAUCAAACGUAUCAUCUUGCAUGCUAAGAAGCGCCGCUGUUAAUAAAAACUGCCCGUUCACAUGGGGGGUUUUAUGGGCAUUCUGAUAUGUCAAAAAGAAGCUAUAAUAUUGUUGUUAGUAAAAAGCCAUCACAACAAGCAUACUUACACUUUACGAAACAAGUUUCUCCAGAUUACAAUUUCACAACGAUCAUGUAAGGUCAAAUAUAUACCGUGCCUUAUAAACCAAUUCCUCCUGGAAACAUCUUCCAAAGAAAGCUGAAAGGAGCGGAGAUCACCUCUCUUCAAACUUUCUAUUAAAGGUUGGAAUAUCGGUAUUAAGCCAUAUUUUUCUAAAUAAUGCCACUUGGGUAAUUUGCCAAGUAUAAGACCACACGUUGUCAAAUAAAUUAAAAUUAAUCUGUCUCCCGUUAGCAGGUAAUUCAAGAAGUUUAUCGUACCUCUUUUGUUUAUAAGACUCAUCUGGACAAUUGAGAAAAGCGCUCCUCAGAUGUGUUUUCGCUUGAUGGAUUUUGUGCUGGAAAAGAUGACAACGGCCAAGAUAAUAACGGAAAGUAACAAUUUCUGCACUGGUAGCUUGGUUAAUGGAAACGCCAGAAGACAAGACGUUGGCUUGGAUUGUCUGGCAAAGUCGAAUCUGCUUUAGACGGAAAUACAGUUUAUAUAGAAGAUUCGAAAUAGAGAAAAUAGCGUCUUUUUUAGAAGGACUUAUGCUGGGUUGUCGGUCGCUCAAAAUCACAUUGAAUGCUCGUUGAACAUUUCGAGAGGCCUCACUUAUAAAGUUGCGUUCAAGAAAUCCAUUCGUAUCCAAUGCACCAGCAUUUUGAGGAGAUAUUUUGUCUAAAUGAAUGGAUAAAUUCACAUAAAAAGUUGACACUGAUUUAAUAAUAGGUGCUAACCAUGCUCCAUCGAGGUGUGCGAAACAAGUCGUCAAAUUCCUAAUCAAAGUUAGUAUCCACCAAAAAGUAAGCUAUUCUAAGCUUUUGAAAAACCACUUACACAUAAACAGCUUGUAAAGAAGACCAACAAGAUAUAGGGUCUCCCGAAACAGCUUUCUGCACAAAAUCCAGAUAUGAUAGGACGGAUUCCUUCCAACCUCGUAUUUUUCCAAAACUUUUUUGUAUUUCACCCUUGAGUUUACUUUUACCUUUAGGAUCCUAAAUCACAACAAGAACAUUAGCCGUUGUCAGAGCGUGACCCAAGAGUCAAUACCUGUGGGAAUUUUGAAGACAACUCCUCAUAAAAGGAACUAGAAUUUGAGAAUACAAAACACUGUGCAAGUAUAUUGGUAUCUUUUUGCCGAAUUGAUUGAUUUAACACAUCCAAAAACUCGUGAACCGACAUUUUUCUAGCAGAAUUAAUAAAUAUGAUAAAAAAAAAACAAAAGUCAUGAUUUACAAACCUAUUAAAGAACACAAAGAUGUGUCACAAUGCGAUCUCUUACAACACUUAUCCGCUCCAGUUCAUGUUGUUUAACUCAUUCACUUUUUUCCUUUAACGCUUCGUUACAGAAUGUAAAAGUAUAUACGGGAAAAUAAGGAUUUAUGAUACUUUACUAUAGCGAGGAAUGCAGAUACGCAGGGUGCGAAAAGUAAGAGUAAGGGAGAUGUAACUGCUACGUUUCGCAACUUCUACAGCUUCCUGUCAAUUUCCAUAGUCU